AUGGACUCCUCUGAUGGUGGUGCCAUGGAAAGCGCCAACGGUUCGUGCCCUGUGCUUUCGGCAUGGGCAAACAGCACGGUGGUGAUGUCCCAGCUUUUGAAGGAUAAACUUUGUAUCCUGCAGUACCCCACAUUGUCCAGAAUGCGACCAACUGUGCCCGGCAUCGCCGAGCUCCUGCGAAGGUUUUACAGCAAUAACUUGCCAGUGACUCGAAAGGCACCAGCAGGCUUGGAUUAUCCGAAAUCUGAUUACAAUAUUCGCAAAGGUGGGACAUCCAGUGUCGCCGGUGAUGGCGAGUCCUCCGACCGCGAGGAUGUUGAGGCUUCCAGUGGUGAGGAGAACCACGAAGGGGGGGAGUCUGAGGCAGCUUCGGACGAUCUGGAGGUUGAAAUGGAUGCCGGGACAAUUACAAAGCUCGUGCUGCCAGGUGUUAGUGCGCGGUCGCCGCCCUCGGAGUCCUCUUCUUCGUUGGUGGUGACACCACCUCCCAGAGGCUUGCCGUAUUCUCCCCAGAGCGAGGCAAAGAAACAUGGGAAGCACUACUUCGUAAAAGAUAGGGCCUAUGGGUACCGCUGCCUCAAUUGCGAUUGUGCAAGCAUGGACCUAGGGGAUCUGAAAGCCCUUGAGUGCCAGCCGCCAAAGGGUUCAGAGGCCAGGGUUGAGGCAGCUGAUGCAGCUGAGCUUGAAUUGGCAAAGCUACGAGACCUCGAAGCCGAGGGCCUUCAGCUUCAGGAGUUGCUUCUGUUCGAACAACAACAGCUUGAAGAAAUGAUGAUCCAAUGCGAGAUAGAAGAACUGCAGAAGCAGCUUGCCAUAGAAGAACAGCAGUUACACGAGGCUAAAGUUCGCAGCCUAGAGGAUGCAGCUCAUGAAGCAACCGCAGCAGCAGGACCUGACUGCUUGGACACAUUGCCCUGGAACUUGGAGAGUGCCGGCCUGGAAGAUGCCAGCUUUGGUGAGCCACACCACCUGAACAGCGAGGAUACCCCAACUGAGCCUGAUGAUGAUAUCGCAAGUGACAAGGAACCCGAGUCGCCCAAGUUUGCAAAGCAGGAGGAUAUGCUGCCUGGCUGCCCAGACCCCUCCAAGGCCGAACCUUUGUCUCCGGCUGAGCAGAAGGCGGUUGGUGCUGAUGAUGAUAAGGUGGCCGUGGACGUGGCCGCACUCCCGGAACCAAGGGGGGCGGCCGGGGACGGGGACGGGGACGGGGACGGGGGAUGCCUCGACCUCCAGUUCGCGAUCGUGUCCAAGGAUGGCAAGUCCGAGCCUCCCGAGCAGGUUCUCUUGCUCCGAUGGAUGACAACGCUGUCCUUCGAUGAAACGUAUGAGUUCUUCGAGCUCUUCUCUGGAGAAGGGAAGGUUACCCAAUUCUGGCAUGGCGAGGGGUAUGCUACUGCAAGCUUCGACAAGCUCUACGGCGACCCUAUGAACUUCCUUCAAAACCAGGGUUUCUCGAUUGCCUGCUGGGUCGUGCUGAACGAAUGUCCCGAUGCCUUCAACCUCAUCGGCCCGGACUGCAGCAGCUGGGGCCUGCCAGCAAGAUCCACAAGUAUGAGGUCGAGCAUCAAUCCGUUUGGGAGGAUGGGUAUUGCUUGGGUCUCUUCGAACUACUGCCUGGUGAGCAGGCUAGUUCUCCUCCUUCUGCUGGUCAUGGCUAAGCAGUCCACAUGGGUGGUAGAACAACCCCACCAAUCGCUUUUGAAGAGCCACGCACGAUGGGACUGGAUGUGCAACCAGGUUGUGCGAGUUUUCCAGCAACACUUUUGGAUGAUGUUGCAUGGUGCGGCCAGCCCCAAGCCUACCAUUGUGUUCUCACCGAUGGCUACCAUAUCCCAAUUGGAUCGCGGCCGUCUUACUAAAGUCGAGAAACAGAAGCGCAGCAAGCUGACCACAGUCCGCACCAUAGCUUAA